AACGAGCUUUCGCGUCUCGAAGAACACCACAUCCACCACCUACAACCCACCUACCACCUACAAUCCAUCUGCGUAAUCUGCUUUUGCCAUCGACCUACCGCCCCUUCAACCUACACGCACAUCUCCAGCCCUCCACCAUGUUCAGGAGGAUCGCAACCACCGUCCCCGCGACCGCGGGCCGAGUUCUCUCCAGCGCUGCCAGACCCUCCAUCGCCUCUCCCAUACGGACCGCCGCGCCCGCGAGCCCGCGCAAUGUCGGCUCCAUGUCCAAGAACGACACCGAUGUCGGCACGGGGCUGGUCGGCGCGCCGGCGUGCGGCGACGUCAUGAAGCUGCAGAUCCGCGUCGACCCCAACGACAACACGAUCUCGGACGUCAAGUUCAAGACGUUUGGGUGCGGGAGCGCGAUUGCGAGUUCCUCGUAUUUGACCGAGUUGGUGCGGGGGAUGACGCUGGAGGAUGCGGCGAAGAUUCGGAAUACCGAGAUUGCGAAGGAGUUGUGUUUGCCGCCUGUGAAAUUGCAUUGCUCCAUGCUCGCCGAAGAUGCGAUCAAAUCCGCCAUCUCGAACUACUACACCAAGAACCCCAAGGCGCGCGCGACGGAUCUGGGAGGCACCGGUGCGCCGAUUCCGAAGGUCGAGAUUGAGACGGUAUCGGCGGGGUCAGCUGCGUGAGACUCUCUCAAAGAGAAAUGGGAUGGUUGAAAAUUGAGUCGGAAGGGGAUAGGUGGUUGUGGACGAAACGUCGUUUCAUACCCUGUGGCUUGGGUUUCUAUCACUGGAGACGGCGAGGACAACCGAAUUCUCCCCUUACUGAAAUGGCCCUGAUGGCGUUGGGGUUGGCGUGCUUGCUUGCUUGUGGUUUCUUCUUGAGAAGCGAGUGGGAAUUGAAAUUGGUAGUUUUGUAGCUAGUGCCUGAGACAAAUCUCAACUGCUUGAACCUACACCAGUAUCCUGCCAUCAUGAGUGUGAGAUACAAGACGGCGAUAACUGCGUUGUUAGUGACGUGGUGGUCAACAAUAAAGAAGCUUGCGAAAACGCCAAGCUGCAUCCCACAGCAAGCGAAGAAAUGAAGCGUAGAGGAUGACGGGGUCCCAAGUCUUAUGUAUGUAUCAAGAAAAGAACGAAGAACUAGAGUCCCGUGGAGCAACUACAGACUUAUGCAACC